GGGAAUCUGUUCACAAACAUUUGUCCUCUUUUCUCUUUCUGGUGAAAUUAAACGGAAACGAUUUUUUCUACGUAUAUUGCAAAUCUAAGAAAAUAUUCCGUCAUAAGGAACAGGACUCAGCCGACUAUAAUAUUAUAGUGCUACGAAGCUCCGCCCUCCACAUAGCAAGGCAGUCGGCGGUCGCUCGCUCGCUCAGUGUAUGCUGCACCAGCCAGUCGACUAGUUGUCUCGCGCCACAACGCAGUGAAAAUAACAAAAUGUGGGAGCCAACCAAGUGUUGCUGCUGCUGUGAUGUGAGAAUUGGAAGCAUUGUAAUAGGUGUUUUCCAUUUGGUUGGAGGAUGCCUUGGUAUUUUGGGCGGAAUACAAAUUUUGACAGGUGAUAAAUCUGACCUAGUUAUAACUUGUCAGGAAUCCGAAGAAACAUCAGACUGUGGGGAUGAAUCAUGGAAAAUUGGUACAGAGAAUUUUACAGGUACAGAGAAAACAUCAGCUAUUUUAUCCUUAGUGGAAGCUUGCUUUUCCAUCAUAUUUAGCUGUUUUCUUCUUUAUGGCAUUCUCAAGAAAAAAACUGCAUUCUUCAUACCUCUGAUGGUUAUAUAUGUAAUACAGAUUGGCAUCAUGAUCCUGACUUCUGUGGUUAUAAUUAUUUUACUGCUGUUUUUAGGAGCUACAUUUGGAAUUGUUUUCUUUAUUGCAACCUUCCUGGGUUUGCUUAUAUUCUUCGUGACGUAUUGUCUGCUGGUCAUCCGUGCUUAUUAUUACCAGCUCAAGAGAGAAAAAGGACAUGUCCACACAGCCCUCAAUGACCAUCACUUAGAAGCACCUCCAUACCCUGCUAGUGAAUGUCCACCUUAUUCAGGCAAUGCACCUCCAUACCCUGCUAGUGAAUGUCCACCUUAUCCAGGCAAUGAAGUUCCACCUUAUCCUACUUGUGAUGUUCCUCUGUAUCCCAACAAGGAAUAGUUUCCCAAAUAAGUUAGUUUGUAGGUAUUACAUAUAUUGAAAAAGUGCAUUUUGUGGAUUUUACUAUACUUGUGUGUUUGUAUUCUGCUUUAUUAUCUCAUAUCUGAGAAUAUAUUCUGAAAUUAAAAACUUGAAAGUAAAUCAAGAAAGAACUUGUCAUUUUCUCUCUUUAAUUUUGUAUACCUCUAUGUAUAUCCUCAAUGUUUUGUUCCUUUGCAGAAAUUGUACCUCUGAUGUAAUUUGUUAUGUAUUUGAUAUUUACAGUAGAUACUGAUGAGUUCAUUGUGUAAUUUGCCAUGUCUAACCCAGCAGUGAGUGAAGGGAUUAAUAUUCACCAUAUUCAGUGCCUCAAGGAGUCAUGGACUAGCUCUAUGGCAGAUGUGCCUUGCGAGUUAUUAAUUUAAAAUGGCUACUUAAUUUGCUGUCAUGUCUGCAGUAACAGGAUAAAAUUAUUGCAGUAUAUUAUCACAUAUACAACAAUUUUGGAAUCAAAGUAGUACAAUGAACAGUGAGUCCUCUUAGAUACAAGUCUGAUAUUUCAAAUUCAUAGGAGUUAAAAAGAAAAUAAACUAAACUCCACUUGAACUUUAUGGCCUGAUUCAAAAGAUUCAUAUACUCCUUGCCUCUUGCAUCCUGUCAUGAUGCUCCAAGAUAAUUUUCUUAAUGUUUCAAAACAAGACCUUACAACAGCAUGGUACAAACUUCUCUUCUGGGAGAAGACAGUCUGCUAAAACACUUGUGGAUUUACUAGUUUUGUAUCCCUAUACUAUGUCACCACCAUGACAAGUAAUAAUAUGAAUUGCUUUAAAUAUUUUUCUCAAGUUCUACUAUUUUCUUAAAAUGCUUACACACACACACCGCGUAGUGUAGUGGUUAGUACGCUUGACUCAAAAUCGAGAGGGCCGGGUUCGAGUCCCGAGAAGCGGCGAGGCAAAUGGGUAAGCUUCUUAAUGUGUGGCCCCUGUUCACCUAGCAGUAAAAUAGGUACGGGAUGCAACUCGAGGGGUUGUGGCCUCGCUUUCCCAGUGUGUGUUGUGGUAUCAGUCCUACCCGAAGAUCGGUCUAUGAGCUCUGAGCUCACUCUGUAAUGGGGGAGACUGGCUGGGUGACCAGCAGGCGACCGAGGUGAAUUACGCACACACACACACAAUGUGCAUGCACAUAUGCCUCUGACACAGACUCUUUCAAGAUAUGAAAAAAUAAAAGUGAGAAGGAAAAAUGGAUAUAAAUAAUAGAUAAAAAUCUGUUAUUCUAUAGGGAAAACAGAAAAAUUCAUGAUACAGAUGAUAAAGGGCAUUAAAAAGCCAUGACAGAACUUAAUAUAUAUAACUGAGUACUCAGACAUUUUUUAUGCCCAUACCUGAUAAACUCAGAAGAAAAAGGAUCCUCUAAUAAUUAUGAUGAAACUUGCUUUGAGUGUGUCUGUGUCUGUGUUUAUAAACAUUUGAGGAAUGCCCAUUAUUAUUAUUUUCAAUAAAAAUUUUAUAGUGGAGUUUAACAAAAAUUAACUGCAUACCCUUUACACUUUAUAUACAUAGAGCACAGGAUUUUAAUUUCAACAUAGAACAGUUAUGCAUUUCAAGGAAUGCAUAAUGCCUCACCUACCAUUAAGAGUCAAUAGGAACUCUUACUGUUGCACCUGCUGAUGCUCUAAAUUAUAUGUACAUGCAUCCAAAAAAGGAAAUUGUGUUCAUAUUGUACGACAGUACCGAACAUUAUUAUAAGAAAUCAGAAUUUGGCAUUUUACAGAUUCUCACUGGUGGGUUAGGUAUUAAGUAUAGUGUGAAGUUCCUGUUUCUGCUUUCAGCUUUAAGAGCAAAAAAUCUAUACUAUUUUGAAACAGGAGCUCUUGUAUAAGAUAAGAUUUGCAUUAGUACUUUGUAUUUGAUACUACAUAUACAUAUGUUACAAUUUCUGGAAAUCAGUCAAAUGAAGUUGGACCACUGAAUCGUUAUAGCUUCAUAUAAUCUCUCAGGAAUUUUCAGAACUGUCUAUUUGAUUGAUAUGACUAGAUUAGUUUUGUGCUUGAAAACCAAGUUUACUACUAUUAAUUUGAAGCUUGUGACUGCAAAAACCAAGCUAUGAAGGUUUCACUGUUGUCACCCAAAGAACAAGAACAGGAUAAAUGAUUCAAGUCAGAAAUCUGAUGUGAGGUAACAGCAAAAUUCCAUAAAACUGAUUGUACAUCAAGCAGCAAGUGUCAAGUACAGAUCAAACUUCUCUUCUUACAAACUCUGCCUCUCUUUCUAAAACGUCCAUUUACCAAGAUGCACCAUCCUAUAUAUGGAUUCUUACGCAAUAUCUUUUGAUUUCAUAAUCUUGUAUAUAUUGAGUAUAUUUCAUACCUCACACAGGUAGUAGUAAUAAUGGAAUCAUUUUUUUGUUGUUGUUUUGUUGUUUAAGAAUUGUAUGUUGAAACUGAAAGCCUGAUCAAAUACUAAAAUAUAAUAUAAACACAAAAUUUUUAAUGUCAUUUAUUCUACUUUAAAGGCAGGAGAAAAUUACAAUGAAAAUAUUAGAUUCUUUGUAAGUUUUACAAUAUCAGUCAAGUAAUUGUGGAAAAAAGGGCACAUGCCAACUAGGUAGCAAGGCAGGCAGUGCCUAACCUGAAUAAAAGAGAUCUGCAGUCAUAUUCCCCUUCUGUGGCACAAUAUGCACCUAAUCCAAUAAAAUUCUGAAGGUUUCUCUGAUUAUUAUACAUAGCAUAAAACAUUUUAUUUCUAUGUAUAUGUAUUAAGCAGGCAUAAUUCAGAACUACCUUUCAAUCUCAGUGUGUAUGCAACCCAUGUGCUGCAUAUGUCUUUUCAAUGACAUUUUCCUUUUGCACUUUAAAGGCAGAAUUAAAUCUGUCUUUGACUCAUUCACUUGGCCAUAGAGUGAUGUUGCAUACUUUUUUUUUUUUUUUUUCUUAUACUCAACUUUCUCCUUCCACCAAUAGCUGGUGAAUAUAUUAGAUUUUAAAAGUGGUAGAUUCUGAUAUCAAAGAAGUCUUUAUAGCAUUCAACAUUCUUCAAGAGAGAACCAUUGGAGAUGUAACAGAGUACAUUUUUUAAAUUAGAUAAAUAUAAUCGUGAUGAGAGCCUUAUAGCUCACUGUAAGAUGGGGACAUUGGUAAUAACAUCCCAUUUAAAUAGUGUUCAAGCUUAAGUAAAAGAAAAGGCAUCAGCAGUUUUAUUUACCCACAGCCAUGCUCAUAAAUUAAAUGUUGUUCUUUCUCAGUCAGCAAAAUCCAUAUCUCAAAGAACAUGCUUUUUCAGUUUCAGGGCCAAUGAGCCACUGGCCUCUUUCUUGAAUCAGUACAAAAUUGACGCAAUUUCUUGGGAGUGAGAAAAGUGCAUUACAAAGAGCGUUUGUUAGCUCUUGACCUCUACUCUGUACGUGGAUGCUUUACUCGUGCUGACAUAAUAAAGUACUAGAUGAUCUUCCA